AUGAAACCUAGUGUCGAUUUGAUACUUCAAUCAUUAGGUGAACUGUCAAAGAGGAAGAUAAAGAGAUAUGCAAAUGUAUGGUCAACAAAGAUUUCUGACCUGUAUUUAGUUAGGAGCAAAAUAACUAAGAACCAUGUUCCUUUCAUUUCAAAAUGCUUUCUAAUCAACAACCUUCUGAAUAAUCAAGAUGUUAAAAAUAUACUGAGGUACGUUCUGCCUCAGAUAAUUGAUAAAAACGGGUUCUCUGUGGAGGAAUAUUCUCUAAUGUCGUAUGUGUACUCUUGUAUCGACGAAGAUGACCCUUCGGAAACCAUCCUUGUAAAUAACUACUCGAAGGACUCUGUGGAAACAGCAUCUGAUGAGGAACUUUUGACCUUUCUGAACACAAUUUCACUAAUGCUAAGCAGAAGAAUCUUUGGUAAGAUUAAUUUUGGGUUUAGAGGAGUCCAAGAUAUCUCAAACGAUCUAAUGGAGUACCUCUGGGAUAGAGUUAACGCAGUUAGUUCGAAGUGUAUUUCUGAAAUGGUGGAAUAUUUAAAGGUUUCAGAAAUCAUGCUGGAGUCUAUUUUCAUUUCAAACCUACUAGGUAAACUUGAUAAAGAGGUAUUAAAUAACAAUAUCAUUGAUCACGGCUCUAUAUUCUCCUUUGUUAAAAUUUCCCAACUUUUAUCACCUGAGAGGAAGAGUUACGUCAUGGAUAAAAUUUAUAGCUCAGAUUACAACACUAUUCUCGAUACACUUAGGAAAAUAAAUUAUUUUAAGUUACCUAACAUGGAAUUCACAGAACACCUUUUUAAUAGAUUAUGCAAUACUCCAGCCAAGUCUACGAUGUGCAGAAAGGAGGCGCUUGGAUACCUAGAUAAUACAAUUUUCGACCUAGAAGGGAAAAUUAGGCGUAAAUCUGUGGAUUCAGAUGUCUUUUCGAGGCUUCAUUCACACCUGAAAGCAAUCAAAAGCACAAACGUCCUGGAAAACCCACACAGAUCGAGGGUUAGGUGGAAUUUCCCAUGUUUCAUAGCAUAG